GGCCAAUAGUGCGACUCCACGCAAGGCCACGGGAAGGUAUAUAAGAGCCGAGGGGGACAUCUGGGCCAGACCGUGAUCUUUGAGUGAGAAAAUCACAAUUCAGAUCGUUGCGUUCGUCGGAUAGAGCGUGAGGCGACCGCGAGGUCCUGUUACCUAAUACAGGUAAGGCUCGGGUGGCCUAGUGCUUGAGCGGAGGAGGGGGCCGGGGCCUAACGAGAAGGGGAGGGCGGCGUCUCCAAAUCUAUCGGGCCUUGUGGGGUCCCCCUUGCCCUCAAAAUGCCACUUCGUUCUCAGUUAUCCAGGUUCCCAUUGAGAAAAAUCCAAUUGCGGCUCACGGUCCAAAGCGCGCCAUUUUUAUUCCCAUUUCCUGCCAGUUCCAUAUUCCCCUUGGUGGUGGUGGCGUGGCGAUUGCAAUGAUUACAGUAUUUGGCUUGCAUGAAUGAAUAAAAGGUUUAUAUCGCAGAAUAGGAAAAGAGGUUUGUGCGGGGUAUUCUUUUUCGUUCCCCAUGCUCAUUAUCGGGGAGAGGGGAUUUAUCCAAAAAGCAGAACUUGCUAGACGUCUCUGUAUGGUGUUUGUUUUGUAUAUUGAUAACCUUUGCCGGUUUGGGGCAAAUGGUAAUGGCUGGGUUUCUGGUGGUGAGUACAGCGACUACUCCCACUUUUUACGAUGGUUUUCUUAUGAGAAUGGGUGAAGGCAAAACAGCUGUGGUUGUCGUGAACAAUGUUAAUUAUUUGAUUUGAGGCUGCUACUCGUUUUACAGUGGCUCCGUAUUCCAAAAAAUGGGAGGGGGGAGCAGGCUAUCUCUGGCACUGGAUUACCAAUUUACUCUUUGCCUUUAAUGUUGGGAUUGUCUGAACUAAAGUUAAGAGUUUGGUAGCCCUUUUUUGAUGUGUUACGUUUUGCAGCUUUUACACACUGCCUUUCCACAUGAUUUUUCUCAAUGAAUGUCUGUAGAAUUUAGCACAGUGUGUGGGUUCAUAUUCAUGUUUAAGUAUCACGACAGCUACAUAUUUUCUUAACCCCUUGGCUGCCUUUUCCUUGAACAGAAAAGUUUCUUUUGUAUAGGAUUUAGGGUGUUUUCCUUGAGCUGCCUGCCCUCCCAGCCUUUGCUAAUGAUAUGUGGGACCAGUAAUACUUACUCUGUAAAUUUGCCCCUAUUUCUGUUAAAUGGGCAUCAUAGUAUUGUCUUUUUGCUCAUAGUAUUGCCACUGAUGAUUGAUUUUACUUAUUACAGGGUUUUUUUCCUCCCUGAUUGUGAAUACUUGGUACAAGGGCAAAAUGAAGUAUGCACUUGUCUGCCUGUUGCUCAUUGGCAGUGUAUUUGCUGCUGAUGACGACGACAAAAAGGAAGAUGUGGGGACUGUGGUUGGCAUUGAUCUGGGAACCACAUAUUCCUGGUAAGUAAAAGAAGGGUGCCUAUUUGAGUGGCUUCUGGGUGUCUUGAAUAGCUUAUGGCCACUGCACCAAAAUAUGGCCAAGAUUUGAUGCAGUGUUGUGAACCGUCAUUCUGCACUAGUGUAUACAAAUUAAUUGUACCGUACUACUAUUUUAAUGCACUUGGUACAAGUCAGGGGAGAAACAAUACGAUAGCUAUUCAGCUCAAACUAUUUUGAUUCAGUGUAGUCUUACAGCUAAAAGCUUGAGUACUGGCCAGAAACAUUAGUUUAGCCCAGAGGAUACAACUAGCUUGCUUGUUGCACCUCUUCACAGGGCUCAGAUUUUUGGCUUGAUGUGCUUGAUUUUCUCCUGUUUGCUGUUGGUUUUAUGUGAAUUCUGUUUUGUUUUUUUGUUGGUGUUCAUUUUUUCUUGGUUGUGUUAAUGCAUUUUAAUGUACUGUAUCUUAGGUGUAUUAUAUUUUGUGAACCACCCAGAAGGCUUUAAAUAAUACAUAUAUUUUAAAAAGUAACUUCCAUUCUCUUUUACAGUGUUGGUGUUUUCAAGAAUGGGCGUGUGGAGAUAAUUGCUAAUGACCAGGGUAACAGAAUCACACCCUCCUAUGUGGCCUUCACACCAGAGGGGGAACGUCUUAUAGGUGAUGCAGCAAAGAACCAGCUGACUUCAAACCCUGAGAAUACUGUAUUUGAUGCCAAACGCCUCAUUGGUAGAACAUGGAAUGAUCCUUCUGUGCAGCAGGAUAUAAAAUAUCUACCUUUCAAGGUACUAAUUUUGUGCCUUUUAUGUUAUGGUGUAUAUAAAGUACAUUGAACACCUUUUGGUGUGAAAUUUGAACCCAACGUGUCCCCAAUCAUAGCACUGUCUUAGAGACACUAGGUUACUAAGCAAUGUAUGAAGUGUUUUUCCAGUCCACACGACUUAUGGCACUGCUUUCACUCUGCUUAAGAUACCAGCAUCCAAGCAUGGGUCAUUCUGCAUCUGGCAACCUGAUGGGCAGGUUGUUUGGUCCUGCCGCUUCUUCAAUGGAACUUCUUUAAGUCCACCACAAUAUUAAUAUUGUAGAUGGUGUGCUUUUGGUUUGUAACCAUAUCCACUUGUACUUGUCUUUACAGGUCAUUGAAAAGAAGUCCAAGCCCCAUAUUCAGGUUGAUAUUGGAGGUGGCCAAAUGAAGACCUUUGCCCCAGAAGAAAUUUCAGCAAUGGUUCUGACUAAAAUGAAGGAGACUGCUGAGGCCUACUUGGGAAAGAAGGUAAGAUGAUGUUUCCGCUGGAGCACACUAGCGAAAAGAAUAGGCACUGAGGGGAGCCUUUGUGAAUCUACCGUGUAUGGAGAUUGGCCAGUGGUUGGUCUAAUCUUUUACUGCUUACUCUAGUUAGCAGCAGGUCUCGAUGCCUUUCUGGUCUAGAGAUCAUUCUAAACUAGCUUGAACAUGUAAUAUUCUACUUACAAUGUAAGUGCUCUGCCACUGAGCUUUGAUGCCUCCUAACAGGCCUGGCUGCUUGUACACGAGGAGUCCCUGCUUUUUUGGUUCCCAGGACAUAAAAUGGAUGGGGGUGGUAGAAUUGUUCUCCAAGCUGAGAAGGCCAAUCUGUAACCUUCUGGAUGUGUUUUAAUUCUAAUUUCCAAUAUCCCUGACAGUUGACAAUGCUGGAUGGGGCUGAUGAGAGCCUUGCAGCAUCUAGAGGGCAACAGGCAAUCCACUCCUCUAAAUAGUCUUGAAAGGUGCAUUAUAGACAAUCGGGCUCCCCACCCCCCAAAAAAACCCUUUAUUAGAUCUUAAUUUGGAAACAGCAAUCAGAAUUACUCUCAUUCUUCUCCAGGUCACCCAUGCUGUUGUCACUGUGCCAGCUUAUUUCAACGAUGCCCAGCGUCAGGCUACAAAGGAUGCUGGUACUAUUGCAGGGCUGAAUGUCAUGAGAAUAAUCAAUGAGCCGUAAGUAGGGUUUUAAUAGUCUUCUGCCAGUAUUUGGAGUUUGUGUGGGCUUUUCUCACAUUUACCAAACUAACAAGUUGCUCUUUCUUACAGGACUGCUGCUGCUAUUGCUUAUGGCCUAGACAAGAGGGAGGGCGAGAAGAACAUCCUUGUCUUUGAUUUGGGUGGUGGAACCUUUGAUGUCUCCCUCCUCACAAUUGAUAAUGGUGUCUUUGAAGUUGUGGCAACCAAUGGAGACACUCACCUGGGUGGGGAAGACUUUGACCAGCGUGUAAUGGAACACUUCAUCAAGCUCUACAAGAAGAAAACUGGAAAGGAUGUUCGGAAGGACAACAGAGCUGUUCAGAAGCUUCGUCGAGAAGUUGAAAAGGCCAAAAGAGCGCUUUCUUCUCAACACCAAUCUAGAAUUGAGAUUGAAUCCUUCUUUGAAGGAGAAGACUUCUCUGAAACCUUGACAAGAGCAAAAUUUGAAGAACUGAACAUGGUAGGUAUCUUGAAUUUUAAAAUAGGUUGUUUCUAAUAAAAUGGCUCUACUAUUUGGAGCAAUUGCUGUACACAAAACAUAAAAUUGGGAGAGAAGUAAGAUUAUAGUAACGUAAUAACAUGUAGUACAUGCGCGUCAUGGGAAAAAUAAGGUGGUGCCCUCCUGUGUGAAACUGCCAAGUUAUAAGGGGAAAAUAAGGUGCUGCCACUCCCAAGACACUAUGCUGGUCAAACUGCACCAACAGCAGAGAAUAAAUUGGUUCCCUAAUGGCUUGAGUCAAAAUUGCUUGCCCUCUAAAAGAUAGCAAUGACUGAUCUUUGUAGAUUCUCCUGUUAAAGAAAAAUGAGAUAUUAAGAGUAGGCCCAUCUGAUCUCAAAUAGCAUCAUACAUGGGCAUCUUGGGGGUGGGAUGUAUCUGAUAAUUUGGUGACUGUAUCAUCUUGUGGCCUUGUUCUGUGAUUGCCUUUCCACAUCAAUUAAGUGAUUUUAAAUUCUGCUUGUAGGAUCUCUUCCGUUCCACCAUGAAACCUGUCCAGAAAGUCCUAGAGGAUGCAGACCUAAAGAAGUCUGACAUUGAUGAAAUUGUGCUUGUCGGUGGCUCUACUCGCAUCCCCAAGAUACAGCAGCUUGUGAAAGAAUUUUUCAAUGGCAAGGAACCCUCUCGUGGAAUCAAUCCUGAUGAAGCUGUAGCUUAUGGUGCUGCUGUGCAGGCUGGUGUACUCUCUGGGGAUCAAGAUACUGGUAAGUCUGAGUGACUUAAAUGCUGCAUGAGGUGUUGGGCAGAUUAGCCUGUACAAGUGAAAAGCUUCCAGUCAGCCUCAUAACUGUUUGGAAUGGAAGAUCUUUGUCUUUGCUGGCUGUCAAGUUUGUCACUACAGCUAGAUAAAUUAUCAUGAUGCUUCAUCACUUAAAACCUCCUUUUCAUUCUUAGGGGAUCUGGUGCUGCUUGAUGUGUGUCCUCUGACCUUGGGCAUUGAGACUGUUGGUGGAGUAAUGACCAAACUUAUCCCAAGGAACACUGUUGUCCCCACCAAGAAAUCACAGAUCUUCUCCACAGCUUCAGAUAACCAGCCAACUGUGACAAUUAAGGUUUAUGAAGGUAAGUGGCCAACCAACAUCAUUUGGUUUGGAAACUUUUAGAGUUUUUUGUCUUCUGGGCAGUAAAGAGUAAAAGGCGACUCCAACACAGCUUAAUUUUGCAAUGCAUGUUUCCACAUUUGUGAGGUUCCUUAACAUGCUUGGAGUAUCACUAGUUGUUGAUUAUUAAUAGAAACACAAGUGAGAUGCCUUUAAAAAAUGAUAAUCUUGUACUUGCAUGAUUACCAGAGUAUAAUUUGAGUGAUUUCAUGUGAAAUGAAAUUUCCCCCCUGUAGGAGAACGUCCUCUUACAAAGGAUAAUCAUCUCUUGGGAACUUUUGAUCUGACUGGAAUCCCUCCUGCUCCCCGUGGCGUCCCUCAGAUUGAAGUUACCUUUGAAAUAGAUGUGAACGGAAUCCUUCGUGUUACGGCUGAGGACAAGGGCACAGGCAACAAAAAUAAGAUCACCAUCACCAAUGACCAGAAUCGUCUUACUCCAGAAGAAAUUGAGAGGAUGGUCAAUGAUGCAGAGAAGUUUGCCGAGGAAGACAAAAAGCUGAAAGAGCGGAUUGAUGCUAGGAAUGAGCUGGAAAGUUAUGCCUACUCACUGAAAAACCAGAUUGGAGAUAAGGAGAAGCUCGGUGGCAAGUUGUCAUCUGAAGACAAAGAAACAAUAGAGAAGGCUGUAGAGGAAAAGAUUGAGUGGCUAGAGAGUCACCAAGAUAGUGACAUCGAGGAAUUCAAAGCCCAAAAGAAGGAACUGGAAGAGGUGGUGCAACCAAUUGUGGGCAAGUUGUAUGGUAGCGCAGGCCCACCCCCUACCGAGGAAGAAGCAGCAGGAGGAGAUAAGGAUGAAUUGUAGGCAUCAGUUUCCUAGAUGUUGAUGCUGUAAAUAUUGGACUUUGAACUUUUGUUUAAACUAUUUGAACUCUAGAUUUGGAAUGUGAUCUGAAUCUUCACAUUGGGUGGAGUUGGAAAUGCUAGCCCAAAAGUGGCUGUAUACUGCUUUUCAUUAGCAGUUGAUAAAUGUCCAGCAGGGGGGUGGGCAACCUGACACGGGGAGCGGGUGAAGUAUUGAAACCAUUCUAUUUAACAAGUUGGGUUGUGUGUGUUAUGUGGAGAACUUUUCUACUCUCCAAGUGACAACAAUAAAUUUGUUACUUACACUGGAU